AAUAACAAAAACAAAUAUCUAGGAAGAAAUCCAUCUCAGUGGCACUAAACAAUACUCAUAUUGAGUGAAUUUGACAUGUCUGAAAACCAGGAUGUUACAUUUGCUGAUUUAGGGAUAUCUCCUUGGCUAAUUGACACGUUACAGGCUUUGGCUAUAUAUAAACCUACAGAUGUUCAAAAAGGAGUUAUUCCUCAAAUUUUAAAAGGUCAUGAUUGUAUCGGUGGUGCUAAAACUGGUUCCGGUAAAACAGCUGCGUUUGCUCUUCCAAUUCUCGAGAGUUGGUCGAAGGAUCCAUCCGGUAUUUAUGCUGUUGUUUUGACUCCCACAAGAGAAUUGGCUAUUCAAAUUGAUGAACAGUUUGCUGCACUCGGAUCAAACAUGAACUUAAAGCAUACCCUUAUCGUAGGUGGAAUGGAUAUGGUAGCUCAGGCAAUUGCUUUAUCACGUAGACCACAUGUAGUAGUCGCAACUCCCGGCCGUUUAGCCGAUUUAAUUCGAAGCAACGGUCCUGAAACUACGGCUGGUUUGCAAAAAGUGAAAUUCCUUGUUAUGGAUGAAGCUGAUCGAUUGCUUUCUUCUACAUUUGCCGACGAUUUAGGAGAUUGCUUCUCAAAUCUUCCACCCUCAGAAAAUCGACAAACUCUUCUAUUCACGGCUACUAUCACAGACGCAAUUCGACAACUAAAAGAGAAGCCAACAAAGGGCAAUAAGCCUCCACUUUGGCUAUAUGAAGUUGAGUCUGAUAAAAUUUCGGUUCCGUCCACGCUGCAGCAAAAUUAUGUUUUUGUCGCGUCACAUGUUCGUGAAGCGUAUUUAAUACACUUGCUUUCUAUUCCAGAAAAUGCUGAGAAAUCUGUAAUUAUAUUCGUCAAUCGCACGCACACCGCUGAGCUUAUUUAUUCAAUGCUUCGUUUAUUAGAAUUUCGAAGUACGGAAUUACAUUCCCAAAUGGCUCAACGUGAACGUAUCAAUUCUUUAGGAAGAUUUCGCGCCGAGGCUGCACGAAUCCUGGUCGCUACAGACGUUGCCAGUAGAGGUCUAGAUAUCCCAUCUGUGCAAUUAAUUAUUAAUUUCGAUUUACCUCGCGACCCUGAUGAUUAUAUUCACCGUGUUGGUCGUACAGCUCGUGCUGGAAGAUCUGGUCAAGCUAUAUCUGUUGUUACAGAACACGAUGUUGAGUUGGUUCAUGCAAUUGAAGAUCGCGUUGGAUCUACAAUGUCCGAGUAUGAACAUGCCUCUGAGAGCAAGGUUUUGGAACGUUUGAAGGAAGUGACUGACGCUAAGCGUCAAGCCUCUCUGGAGAUGAUUGAUCGCGGUUUUGGCGAGCGUAGACAAAAACAAAAAGAAAAGCAACUCAUGGCCAGUGGUCGCUUGGAUGUUGAUGACAACAGAAAUAAAAGAAAAAAAAAUAAGAGCGAUCAAAAGGUAAAAAAAAGGAAAUUUUAGAAGGAAAUUUUGGGGUACACGGAUAAUGGUGCCUGAUUGUCUAUCUAUUUUAAGGCUAAAAAGGGAUUACAUGGUUUUGCUAUUCUAAAGGAUCUAAUAAAUAAUAUUUCUGUCAACAUAAGUUAUACUUUGUUUUUCUAGAUAGGGAAUAUCAUAAAGGUAGUG